AAUAGUACCUACUUCCGGUGUGGUGGACACACGUGUGUAAUAAGAAGCAUGCAAAGUUGUCCGUCAGAGGACUUCAAAUGUGGAACUGAAACGAAAUCCAUUAUAGAACCGGGUCAGUGAGCUGCAGAAACCCUUGCACUGUGGAAAAGUAGAGAAUCUACAAGUCUGUAGACUGAAUCUAGUGGAAUCUGAGACCUGGGCGAGGGCGGUACUCAGCCAGAGAGAAGCACUGAAAAGCAGGGAGAAAGGUCGUAACAUCUCGCUGUUGUAUCACAGCCCAGAAACAUCAUGUUUUCUGAUUUGGAUCUUAUCGGAACCAUCCGGGAUGAAGACGCGGUUCCGGAGGAGCCCGAUUCAGAGUCGGAUGACGAGGAUGAGCAGCCAAUCGUGCUGGGUAAGAAGCGGCGGGCGCUGAAAAGUCGCAGUGCCGAGUUCAACCCAGAUUUUGAGUUCGGGGAGCGGGAUGGGUUGUACAGUGAGGACUGGGCUAUGGCAGACGUCCUGUCACAGCUCAAAAAGAGGAAAGCUCCGACAACGCUGGAUGACAAAAUCGACAAGAUCCGGAAGAAACGCAAAACAGAGCAGAAGGAAAGCAAAGAGGGAAAGAAAACAAAGACAGACUCUGGGGAGGAGGUGAAGGAAGAGGAGGAAGAGGGGGGAGAAGAGGAGGAGGAGGAGGAGGAAGAAGAGGGAGAGGGAGAGGGUGUGGAGGAGGAGGAGGACGGCAGUGACAAUGACCAAGACGAAGACGAAGAGCUGGAUGAGUUCUCCUCGGCCGAUGAAGAAGUUCUGACCAAAGCAGACACGCUGAAGGUGAAAGAUAGGAAAAGAAAGAAGAAAAAGGAAGAGGUGCCGGAAGUGUUUUUUGAAGACGCAUCACAGUAUGAUGACAGUCUGAACUUCCAGGAUAUGAACCUGUCUCGCCCGUUGCUAAAGGCAAUCACAACGCUGGGAUUCAAGCAGCCCACACCCAUCCAGAAAGCCUGCAUCCCUGUGGGGCUCAUGGGGAAGGACAUCUGUGCCUGUGCUGCCACUGGGACGGGUAAGACAGCUGCCUUCAUGCUCCCUGUCCUGGAGCGUCUGAUCUACAAGCCCCGGCAGGCUCCAGUGACCCGGGUGCUGGUUCUGGUACCAACUCGUGAACUGGGGAUCCAGGUACACACUGUGGCCAGACAGCUAGCCCAGUUCACCAGCAUCACAACCUGCUUGACUGUGGGCGGUCUGGAUCUUAAGUCCCAGGAGGCUGCCCUGCGUGCUGGCCCUGAUGUAUUGAUUGCCACCCCAGGUCGGCUAAUCGACCAUCUCCACAACACACCCUCCUUCGAACUGAGCAGCAUCGAGAUCCUCAUUCUGGACGAGGCAGACAGGAUGCUGGAUGAGUAUUUCGAGGAGCAGAUGAAAGAGAUCAUCCGACUCUGUGCCCACCAGAGACAGACCAUGCUGUACUCCGCCACCAUGAGUGAAGAGGUUAAAGACCUGGCCUCUGUGUCACUGAAGCAGCCGGUCCGGAUCUUUGUGAACAGCAACACCGACGUGGCGCCGUACCUCCGGCAGGAGUUUGUGCGGGUCAGGCCAGCCCGAGAGGGGGAUCGCGAGGCCAUUGUCUCGGCUUUGCUGACCCGCACCUUCCCUGAUCAUGUGAUGCUCUUCACUCAGACCAAGAAGCAGGCUCACCGCAUGCACAUCCUGCUGGGGCUGAUGGGAUUGAAGGUGGGGGAGCUCCAUGGCAACCUGUCCCAGACUCAGCGACUCGAGUCACUCAGGCGAUUCAAAGAUGAACAGAUCGACAUUCUCGUGGCCACCGACGUGGCAGCCAGAGGUCUGGAUAUCGACGGUGUGAAAACGGUGAUUAACUUCACGAUGCCCAAUACAGUGAAGCACUAUGUGCACAGGGUGGGACGCACAGCCCGCGCAGGGAAGGUAGGCCGAUCUGUCUCGCUGGUGGGGGAGCAAGAGAGGAAGAUGCUGAAAGAUAUCGUCAAGCAAGCCAAGACCCCCGUCAAGGCCCGCGUCCUCCCUCAGGAGGUGAUCCUGAAGUUCCGGGACCGAAUUGAGAAGCUUGAGCAGGAUAUUUACGCAGUGAUGCGAUUGGAGAGGGAGGAGAGAGAAAUGACUCGAUCAGAGGCCCAGAUCAGCUCUGCUCAGAAGAGGCUGGGGCCGCGGGAGGAGGAGAGCAGGCUGGAGAGGACCUGGUUUCAAAGCAAUGAGGAGCGCAAGAGGGACAAGAUGGCCAAGGCUCUGCAGGACUUUGAUCUGGCCUUGAGAGGGAAAAAGAAGAGACAGAAGUUCCUACAGGACCGCAAGAAGAAAGAGCUGAGUGCGGAAGACCGGGCCCAGUUUGAGAUGCUCAAGUCUCAGAUGUACGCCGAGCGAGCAGCUAAGAGGAGUCGCAAACCCAAGCGAGCUCGCGCCAUGCCAGAGGACGAACCAGUGACAAAGGGUAAACCAAAGAAAGGCCAGUCUGGGAUGAAGAAGUCAGUGUUUGAUAAGGAGCUGACCAACACCAGCAAGCGGGCCCUCAAGCAGUAUCGUGCAGGGUAUGUACACCAGCAGUGUUUAGAAGCAGUUACAAUAUAUAAAGUAUCCCAGGAAUUUACCCGGGUUUAAUUAUCUGUAAUGGUU